AUGAGUAACAACGCAACAUGUAUUCAACCAUCCAUGAUCUCCUCCAUGGCUCUACCGAUUAUUUAUACGUUCCUUUGUAUCAUUGGUCUCUUUGGAAAUUCUCUCUCUCAAUGGGUAUUUUUAACAAAAAUAGGUAAGAAAACAUCAACGCACAUCUACCUGGCACAUCUUGUGACUGCAAACUUACUUGUGUGCAGUGCCAUGCCUUUCAUGGGUAUCUAUUUCCUGAAAGGUUUUCAAUGGGACUAUCGAUCUGCACAAUGCAGGGUGGUCAAUUUUUUGGGAACUCUAUCCAUGCAUGUAAGUAUGUUUGUCAGCCUCUUAAUUUUGAGUUGGAUUGCCAUCAGCCGCUAUGCUACCUUAAUGAAAAAGGAUUCCAUACAAGAGACCCCUUCGUGCUACGAGAAAAUAUUUUAUGGCCAAUUACUGAAAAAAUUUCGCCAGCCCAACUUUGCUAGAAAACUGUGUGUUUACAUAUGGGGAGUUGUACUAGGCAUAAUUAUUCCAGUUAUCAUAUACUACUCAGCUGUAGAGGCUACAGAAGGAGAAGAGACUCUGUGCUACAAUCGGCAGAUGGAACUAGGAGCCGUGAUCUCUCAGACUGCAGGCCUCAUUGGAACUACAUUUAUUGGAUUUUCAUUUUUAGUAGUACUAACAUCAUACUACUCUUUUGUCAGCCAUCUGAGAAAAAUAAGGACCUGUACAUCCAUUACAGAGAAAGAUUUGACUUACAGUUCUGUGAAAAGGCAUCUUUUGGUCAUCCAGAUUCUACUAAUAGUUUGCUUCCUUCCUUAUAGCAUUUUUAAACCCAUUUUUUAUGUUCUACACCAAAGAGAGGACUGUCAGCAACUGAAUUAUUUAAUCGAAAUAAAAAACAUCCUCACCUGUCUUGCAUCAGCCAGAAGUAGCACAGACCCCAUUAUAUUUCUUUUUUUAGAUAAAACAUUCAAGAAGACACUAUAUAAUCUCUUUACAAAAUCUGAUUCACCCCAUAUACAACCCUAUAGCUGACUUCUGAAUGGAAACCACCACCAA